CCCCGCGGGUCUUAACGCGCCCGCGCGCGGCGCCGCGCCUGGGCCGCCGCCUGCCGCCGCCCGAGCGUGUCCGCGCCGCCCGCGUCUCCGCAUCCUCCCGCUCCCGGCCGCGCCAUGGAGGGCUACCACAAGCCGGACCAGCAGAAGCUGCAGGCCCUGAAGGACACGGCCAACCGCCUGCGCAUCAGCUCCAUCCAGGCCACCACGGCGGCGGGCUCGGGCCACCCCACAUCCUGCUGCAGUGCUGCCGAGAUCAUGGCUGUCCUCUUCUUCCACACCAUGCGCUACAAGGCCCAGGAUCCCCGCAACCCUCACAACGACCGCUUCGUGCUGUCCAAGGGCCAUGCGGCGCCCAUCCUGUACGCCGUGUGGGCUGAGGCCGGCUUCCUGCCCGAGGGAGAACUGCUGAACCUGAGGAAGAUCAACUCCGACUUAGACGGACACCCCGUCCCUAAACAAGCUUUCACCGACGUGGCCACUGGCUCGCUGGGCCAGGGCCUGGGUGCUGCUUGCGGGAUGGCCUACACGGGCAAGUACUUCGACAAAGCCAGCUACCGUGUCUACUGCAUGCUGGGUGACGGGGAGCUGUCGGAGGGCUCCGUGUGGGAGGCCAUGGCCUUCGCAGGCAUCUACAAGCUGGACAACCUUGUCGCCAUCCUGGACAUCAACCGCCUGGGCCAGAGCGAUCCCGCCCCGCUGCAGCACCAGGUGGACGUCUACCAGAAGCGCUGCGAGGCCUUUGGCUGGCACGCCAUCAUCGUGGACGGGCACAGCGUGGAGGAGCUCUGCAAGGCCUUCGGCCAGGCCAAGCACCAGCCGACCGCCAUCAUCGCCAAGACCUUCAAGGGCCGGGGCAUCUCAGGGGUCGAAGACAAGGAGGCCUGGCACGGGAAGCCCCUGCCCAAGAACAUGGCGGAACAGACCAUCCAGGAGAUCUUCAGCCAGAUCCAGAGCAAGAAGAAGAUCCUGGCCACGCCGCCCCAGGAGGACGCGCCCUCCGUGAACAUUGCGAACAUCCGCAUGCCCACCCCGCCCAGCUACAAAGUCGGGGACAAGAUCGCCACCCGCAAGGCGUACGGGCAGGCACUGGCCAAGCUGGGCCACGCCAGCGAGCACAUCAUCGCCCUGGACGGGGACACGAAGAACUCCACCUUCUCCGACCUCUUCAAGAAGGAGCACCCCUCCCGCUUCAUCGAGUGCUACAUCGCCGAGCAGAACAUGGUGAGCAUCGCCGUGGGCUGCGCCACACGCAACAGGACCGUCCCCUUCUGCAGCACCUUCGCCGCCUUCUUCACGCGCGCCUUCGACCAGAUCCGCAUGGCCGCCAUCUCCGACAGCAACAUCAACCUGUGCGGCUCGCACUGCGGCGUGUCCAUCGGGGAAGACGGGCCCUCGCAGAUGGCGCUGGAGGACCUGGCCAUGUUCCGCUCCAUCCCCGGGGCCACCGUCUUCUACCCGAGCGAUGGCGUGUCCACGGAGAAGGCCGUGGAGCUGGCCGCCAACACGAAGGGCAUCUGCUUCAUCCGCACCAGCCGCCCGGAGAACGCCAUCAUCUACAACAACAACGAGGAGUUCCGUGUCGGCCAGGCCAAGGUGGUCCUGAAGAACAAGGAUGACCAGGUGACUGUGAUCGGUGCCGGAGUGACUCUGCACGAGGCGCUGGCCGCUGCCGAGAUGCUGAAGACAGAGAAGAUCAACAUCCGCGUGCUGGACCCCUUCACCAUCAAGCCCCUGGACAAGAAGCUCAUUCUCGAGAGCGCCCGCGCCACCAAGGGCCGAAUCCUCACGGUGGAGGACCACUACUACGAAGGUGGCAUCGGCGAGGCCGUGUGCUCCGCCGUGGUGGGCGAGCCUGGUGUCACCGUCACCCGCCUGGCCGUGAGCCAGGUGCCGCGCAGCGGGAAGCCGGCGGAGCUGCUGGCCAUGUUCGGCAUCGACAAGGACGCCAUCGCCAAGGCCGUGCGGGGCCUGGUCUCAAAGGCCUAGGGCGGGUGCCGCGGCCACACAUUCCAGGGGUUCUGGCAACGGUGCUUGCAAAGGUCUGGGAGGGUAAAUAUAUGUUUGGAGAAAACCCA